ACAGCCAAUAAACACCAAGAAGAAGAAGCAGCAGGCGUCUCCUGCGCUGCUGGAAGCAGGAAGUUGAACAACGACAACAAAGGCUGUGUUAGUUGAAAUAAUAAUAUAUUUAAUACUGGUAGAUAUGGUUGUUGUCUUCCCUCUGGGUUUGCCUUAAGUGAGCAGGUCCUUGUGUGGAAACCUUUGGACACACCUGACACCUUAUUUCCUGAGCAGGACAAUGGAGGAAACAAGCAGGGAGGCAGUUGCCACUGCAGUGCAGCGUGUGGCAGGGAUGCUGCAGAGGUCAGACCAGCUGGAUAAAGUGGAGCAAUACAGAAGACGAGAGGCCCGUAAAAAGGCGUCAGUGGAAGCGCGGCUCAAGGCAGCCAUUCAGUCCCAGUUGGAUGGUGUUCGGACUGGACUGACCCAGCUGCACAGUGCUCUGCUAGAUGUCAAAGAUAUCCAGAGCUCAUUGGCUGAUGUGAGUAAAGACUGGAGGCAGAGCAUUAACACCAUUGAAAACCUAAAAGACGUCAAGGAUGCUGUAGUUCAGCACAGCCAGUUGGCUGCUGCUGUGGAAAACCUAAAAAAUAUCUUCUCUGUGCCAGAGAUAGUGGGAGAGACACAGCAGCUGAUAGAACAGGCAGAGCUGCUGCAGGCCCACAGGAAGCUGAUGGAGCUGGAGUGUUCACGUGAUGACCUCAUGUAUGAGCAGUACCGUAUGGACAGCAAGAACACCAGUGACAUGAAUCUCAUUUCCAUCUACUUUGAAGAUGUUCAGGGACUGUCAGACGAGCUGGCUAAACAAUUAUGGAUGGUACUGCAGCGGUCCAUGGUAACAGUUCGUCGUGACCCCACCAUGCUGGUGUCAGUAGUUCGUAUCAUUGAGCGGGAGGAGAAGAUUGAUCGGCGUAUGGUUGACCGAAAAAAGCAGACUGGGUUCAUCCCGCCUGGGCGACCCAAAAAGUGGAAAGAAAAGAUGUUUGAGGUGUUGGAGGGUACAGUCAGCACCCGCAUUGAGGGCACACAAGCAGUCACAAGAGAGGCUGAUAAAAUGUGGCUGGUUCGUCUUCUAGAAAUAACCAGGAAAUAUGUUCUGGAUGAUCUGAUUGUUGUCAAAAAUCUCAUGGUGCAGUGUUUCCCCCCACACUACAACACAUUCAACAGGUUUUUCCGUCUUUACCACAAUGCUGUGUCCACUCGUGUCAAAGAACUGACCUCUGAGGACUUGGAGGCUAAUGAGAUUGUGUCUCUUCUGACCUGGGUCCUCAACACAUAUAAGAGCGUGGAGAUGAUGGGCCAUCCAGAGCUCUGUUCAGAGUGUGACAUCCACCAGCUGGAGCCUUUGCUGCCUCGAGAGGUGGUGGACGACCUGCUCAGCAAAUAUGUGAAGACCUUUACAUCCAAUAUAACAGGCUGGCUACGCAAGGCCCUGGAAACGGAUAAGAAAGACUGGCAAAAGGAAACAGAGCCUGAGGCUGAUCAAGACGGAUACUAUCAGACCACACUGCCGGCCAUCGUCUUUCAGAUGUUUGAGCAGAACCUACAAGUUGCUGCACAGAUUGAUGGAGAUUUUAAAGAAAAGGUUCUGAAGCUUUGCCUGAAACAAAUGAACACUUUCCUUAUCAGGUACAGGGAGGAGGCGGUGAGCUACAAAGAAGAGCACCUGAGAGACAGGCAGCUGCCUCAGUGUUAUGUACAGUAUAUGAUAGCCAUCAUUAACAACUGCCAGACAUUCAAAGAGUCCAUCAACAGUCUGAAGAGGAAGUACUCUCAGUCAUCAGGGCCCACUGACAGUGAUGCUCCUAUAGAGAGGACGCUCAAUGAGGUGGCAAAGGAGGGUUGUCAGUUCCUGUUAGAUGAAGUUUUCCUUGAUCUUGAGAGUCACUUGAACGAACUGCUGACCAGGAAGUGGCUGACAGGCUCUCAUGCUGUGGAUACCAUCUGUGUGACAGUGGAGGACUAUUUCAAUGACUUCAACAAGAUUAAGAAACCUUUCAAUCAGGAGAUGACGAGUGAGGCCCUGCGCAGGGUGGUAGUCGAGUACAUUAAAGCAGUGAUGCAAAAGAGGAUCACUUUUAAAAACCCUGAUGAGAGAAAGGAGGGAGCUGAAAGGAUGAUGAAGGAAGCUGAUCAGUUCAAGUUCCUCUUUAGAAAACUGGCUGCGGGUGAAGACACGGACUGGCUUUGUGGUGCCAUCACUGCUAUUGCAGAAGUGUUCAAGCUGACUGACCCCACAUUAUUGUUCCUGGAGGUCUCCACGCUGGUGUCUAAAUAUCCCGAUAUCAGGGAGGAGCACAUCCAGGCGCUGCUUGCUGUGCGUGGUGAUGCCAGCAGGGAGAUGCGGCAGAUGAUCAUCGGAACACUCAGCGAGAAUAAAGUGUCACAUUCUGGUGUCACACAGUCCAUUUUUAAAGACAUCGCUGUGCCCACCAUUGCUAUGACGACCAUGACUACAAUGACCUCCAUGGCAACCUCAAAGCUGCUAAAAUAAAGCCUAUUUCCAUGUCCAGCUCCUUCGGUCACACUAGCAUAACAAAACAUACUUUAUUUUUCACUUGUUCUUGCAGCCUGCUCUGUUUUCUGUAUUCACUCAUCAUGUUCGUUUUCUCCUGAUCACAUGCCUGCUUAAACAAAAUAUUACAAUUUGUAUUGUAUAAAUGGACUGCAUCAUGGCUUUAAUUAGAGGUGCAAAGCAUCACAAGACUUUAUGUCCUCUCCUUUUACUGAACUUCCCUGUUUUACUUUGUUUCUUGUCAGUCAUGUUUCUUUACCUUAGCUGUCCCCUGACUUGUGUACAGCAUUCAGUUAACUUGCAAACAGUUUCAUUUUUAUUAGUUGAUAAUUCAAAUUACAUGUAUGGACUGCGCAUGAAAAGAAAUGGAACAAAAGCAGGAUGCCUUAACAGAAAAAUAACUCAAGAGGC